AUGUUACUCCCAUCAGCGCUCUCAUGCGAUGUGCGACGACCAUCGCGCUUCGCCACCACCCGUCUCCUCUCGACUCCUCCCCCGUCCGACGACGAAGUUCCCAUGGGCAACGGUCUGUUGGGGACCUGUCGCGCAUUACAGUCUCUACUCAACGGGUCCCCAGCGCCCUCUCCGCGACGUUCUAAGCCUGCGCGUCUGCAGAGUCCAGUUCAUCUUCGAUCCACGCCGUCUUCUACCCGGUCGCGACGAAUUGCAACGCCUUCGUCGCCUGAGCGGACACCGCAGCGUCGUCCUCGUGGUGUCAACAAGCGGAGGCGCGACAGCUAUGAGGCGGAUGAGGAUCUUAACAACAACACCCGCGAUGCGACUACCGACGAUCGCAGUGCUUCGUGCGAUCGGUUCUCUACACCAAAGCGUCGCCGUCACGCUCCCUACAAUCUUCCAUUGGGCUUGUCGCAAUCUGAUUUCUAUUCGCUGAACUCUCCACCCAUUACCGCGUCUCCUUCAUCCCCUCGUUACCAGAAUCAACAAGACUCGUCCGCGCAACAACCAUACAACCCCGAUGCCGUCCUUCCGUCAAUAGAAGUAAUCGAUGACUCAACACGGUCAAACCAAUGGACAGCAGAGGACGACCAACGACUCAUGGAAGCCGUCUUCGAGAAAUUCCAACUAUCAAAACAACAAUGGGACGAAUGCGCACAGAGCAUAGGCAAAGACCAAGUCAGUGCUGAGCGACGAUGGCAGGCUCUCGUCGGGCAAGGCAAUAUUGGUUUGCGGCGAUGA